AUGCCAAAGGCAAACCAAAGUCAUGUCACUGAAUUCCUCCUUCUAGGACUGACCACAGACCCCAAACUGCAGGUGUGGCUCUUUGCCAGCUUCCUGGCCAUGUACCUGGUCAAUGUCAUAGGCAACUCAGUCAUCAUUGCAGCCAUCCGGGGGGAUGCACGUCUCCACACUCCCAUGUACUUUUUCCUCUCCAAUCUGUCUUUUGUUGACAUCUGCUUUACAAAUGUCAUCGUGCCAAGGAUGCUAGCAAACAUGUUGAGCAAGAACAAGAAGGUCCCUUUUGCCCAAUGUCUCACCCAGAUGUAUUUCUUCGUGGCUUGUGCAAUCAAUGACAGUUUCCUCCUGGCUGCCAUGGCCAUUGACCGCUAUGUGGCCAUCUGUAACCCACUGCAUUACACCACAACCAUGAGUCCCAGGUGCUGCCUCCUGCUGGUGAUAGCAUCUUGGAUGGUAUCCCUCCUCCACUCACUCACUCACACCAUUCUCAUGGCCCGCCUCUCCUUCUGUGGGCCCAACAUUAUCCACCACUUCUUUUGUGAUGUUCAGCCACUGCUAAGGCUCUCCUGCUCUGACACGUCCAUUAAUGAGCUUUUGGCCUUCACAGAGGGUUCCUUUGUGAUCAUGAGUCCUUUUAUCUUUAUUAUUGUUUCUUAUGUCUACAUCACCCGUGCCGUUCUGAGGGUCCCUUCAGGGGGAGGCAGAUACAAGGUCUUCUCUACCUGUGGAUCCCACCUCACAGUUGUGGCACUAUACUACGGGACUGCCAUCUCGGUGUACAUUCGCCCCUCAUCCACCUACUCAGUGACAAAGGACCGUGUGGUCACUGUCAUUUAUACAGUGGUGAUCCCCAUGCUGAACCCUUUCAUUUAUAGCUUCAGGAACAAGGACAUGAAACACGCCUUGAGAAAACUGACUAGGAAGACAGAAUAGAACAUGUACAU